AUUAUGUAGUCAUGUCUGUUUACUUUAAUCUGAGCAGGAGAAUGGGUUAUUUCACUAUUCAGACCUACAUUCCCUGCACACUUAUUGUUGUGUUGUCCUGGGUCUCUUUCUGGAUUAAUAAGGAUGCAGUUCCAGCCAGAACAUCACUGGGUAUCACAACUGUCCUGACAAUGACCACCCUAAGUACAAUUGCUCGUAAAUCUCUUCCCAAAGUCUCAUAUGUGACAGCAAUGGAUCUUUUUGUGUCGGUUUGCUUUAUUUUUGUUUUCUCUGCACUGGUGGAAUACGGAACUUUGCACUACUUUGUCAGCAACAGAAAGCCAAGCAAAGAUAAAGACAAAAAGAAGAAAAAUCCACUUCUUCGGAUGUUUUCCUUCAAGGCACCUACAAUUGACAUCCGGCCUCGAUCAGCUACUAUUCAAAUGAACAAUGCUACACACCUCCAAGAAAGGGAUGAAGAAUAUGGGUAUGAGUGUCUUGAUGGCAAGGACUGUGCCAGUUUUUUUUGCUGCUUUGAGGAUUGUCGAACAGGAGCGUGGAGGCAUGGAAGAAUACAUAUCCGCAUUGCCAAAAUGGACUCCUAUGCCCGCAUCUUCUUCCCAACUGCCUUCUGUUUGUUUAACCUGGUGUAUUGGGUAUCAUAUCUGUACCUUUAAAAGCAAAUGGAAAUCAGUGAUAUGAGCCUUACUCACUGAAUUUCUUAGAGAGAUGGUUUCCUAAGUCCACUUGAAGUAUUUACAACACGCUUUAUAGUGGUCUGAAUUCUUUAGUGCCAUAAACCGGUAAAUAUCAAUCAUAUCAUUUGUCCUAAAAUUGCCAUUGGGUUAUUGUGAAUUAAAUGUCUGUUCAACAUGCCAAAAUAAUUUGAAAUAAAAAUCAUAUAAACAGGUAAUAUACAGCUAUACCUGCUGGAAUAGAGACAAAUAGAGCAGAUAGGGCAGGGGGAGUGUGGCAAUAUCACUUAGUGGUUGGUACUGUUAUUUCAAACAGGAGUGAGAAAGUGGAGAAUUCCCAGGUAAAGUGCUGUACAGUUUGUUAACACUGGCUAUAAUUAUGCUAUAGCUUUAUUCUCUGUGGGCUUUUCUUUUUGGAAGAGUCAUCUCUCCCUUUGAGUAGGUAUUAUUAAGCUAGAAAAGUAACUUCUACUCCCAACCAAGAUAAAAAUAGACCUUUCCCUUUGCCAUCCCUUUAAGAGCACAUGUACAAUGCUGUAAAUAUUUCAAUACCUUGUAGUACAUAAAGUCUAGUGCAUGCAUCUUUUGGGGGCCAAAAUAAAUGAAACAAAGGUACCAUAAAGUUUUGUCUUUUAUUUUGUGUCUCUGGAUGUGCUAUUGUAAUUGAAAUGUGGAUAAUUUAUUUUUUUUUUCCUCCUUGAAAAUUUACCCCUUUCCCUCAUGCAUGGAAGAUCCAAGCAGACAGCACUUUCAUGUAAGACAUUAGAGAAGCCUUAAGGAUUUAAAUAAAUAACAUGUAGGCAAAUCUGUAUGGCCAAUAUAAUAGCUGAUAAAGCAUACUGUAUGUGUCUGCUGCAGUUGUAGCCUUCAUUUUCCAUUUAUAAUGUUGCUAUAUUUCAACUGAAUUUCCAGUAAUUACACAUUGCAAGAUCAGAUUCUGAAUUUAAUCCAUGUGCUUCUAUUGUUUUUUAGGUUUUUUUUUUCCCAUGUUGAGCUCUACUUUUUUCCUUACACAAGUGUUUGUGGGGUUUUUUAAUUCUUUAAUCCUGUCUAGGAAAUACCUUUUAUUCUAGACAUUAUUUUUAUAUAAGAGCUUCAAGUUCGUUUUGAAACAUUAGAUUUUGUGUUAUAUAUACACAUAUAAUUCUUUGCCCAUUCAUGUCCUUG